AUACAUUACGCGGCCUGUAGCCUUUGCAUCCGGUUGCCAUGCCUGGAAUCGACGUCGAGGCUCCCAGAAGCCAGAUUGCCGUGCGUGACGGCCCUCUUCUUCCCGGAGAUAUCGCCCUCCUCACCCCAUCGCACCCGGACGAGCCCCUGGAUGUCCUGCGUGCCCGCUACGAAAGGGAUGGUAUGCUGUUCCUGAAAGGGCUGCUGCCUCGAGAGGAUGUCCUUCGCACUCGAUGCAAAUACUUCGAGCUCGUUGGUCCCACCGGGGUGCUGAAAGAAAACACGGCCCCGGUUCAGGGCAUCUUCAACCCGAACCGGUCCCCCGAUGAUUUCCCUGGUAUUGGUGCCGGCGCAGCAGCGAACAACAGCCGUCCCGGUGGCGAGAGUGCGGCGGCCUUUGUCGACUUGGCUAUCGAAGCACACUACAAGGAUUGGUAUGCCGAGGAUCUCUGCCGGCAUCCCGUCCUGCGGGACUUUGUCGCCAAGUUCACCGGUUGGAAUGAACAUACACUGGGUCUCAGGAGGACAUUGCUCAGAAACAAUGUCCCGCGGACCAAGCCCAUCGGGGUGCACUACGACCAGAUCUUUCUGCGAUACGGUGAGCCGACGAGUGUGACCGCUUGGGUGCCAAUUGGAGACGUCGGCGUCACGGGUGGUGGAUUGAUCUAUCUCGAAGAUGGUAUUCUCCUCUCCCCUGGUCUGUUUGAUGAACGUAUUCUGCUUCUAAUAUAUCGUAUAGGAGACGCUGUCGGCCGUGAAAUAGAACAGGACUUUGCCAAGAAGGCCCGAGAAGCCGGCCUCACUGAAGAAGAGGCAAGGAACGCUUUCAACCAGAACAUGAUGUCCACCGGAUUCCUGUCGGAGAACCCGCUCGAGUUUGCAAGGCAUCAUGGCCGGCGGUGGCUGGUGUCAGACUAUGAAGCCGGCGAUGUCGUUCUUCACAAGCCGCAUGCCAUCCAUGCGUCCACCAUCAACAACGAUCCGAACAGUGUUAUUCGGUUGGCGACGGACUUGAGGUUUGUAGAUUCCUCGAAGCCAUAUGACACGAGAUGGACGAACCACUACAGGUUCGGGGAUGGGGUUUGA